UGUGAGAAGCAAAAGUAUUAUAAACCCUGUCCAGUUGCCCAUGUUUUGUGCUGUCGUUACAAAGUUUCAACCUUGAGAAAAUGACAAAAGGUGGUAAGAAAUACUCAUCAAUGGAAAAGGAUGGCAAAUGGCUGGCUCAUGUAGGUUUACCAGCAAAUGACACCAGUAACCGGGAGACAUGCACCAGCACAGGGUCUAUGCUGUCUCAGAGUGAACCAUUACCUCCAGCAUCUAGCACAGAGAAGUAUCCAAAGAUCUUCAUCAACACAGAACAGAAAACCAUGGGAAGAGUCUAUCCAUUCUCAGCCCAUGAUAACCAAGCUGCACUGCAACAUACCAUCAAUGUAUUUGAUGAUGGAUUAGGCCGCAAGAAAUGCCUGGACGAGCGUAGGCAACAUAACUCCCACUUCUGCCUGUGCCACCAUGGAAGUGUAAGUUGCGUGGGGGAGACAAGGGGAGACUUCUCAGCCUAUCAGACAGACUACCAAGACUGCCAGGACACAGAGGGCUCCUCCACCAGCAGGCGUUUUCCCAGGAACCAUCUUGAGAGGUCCACUGUGGCAGCUGCUGCCCAGGCAGGAGAGCACUUUAUGUGGUUCGGGAGGCAUGAUGAGGACCGUCCUGUGCCCCUUGAAGUGCUGGCAGCUACAAACUGCUCCUCCUCAUCCAAGCCUUCCAGACACUUCUACCAUAGCAGGCAUUAGAUGAAAUCACCAAAUUAUCCAAAUACUCUUCUUUAGGAAAUCUCAAAGCAACACAUCUGGAUUGUCUUACAAGUGCAAAAAAAAAAAAAAAAACGU